AUGAAAGUUGAAACUCCAAAGAAACCCUCCUUGCCUUCAAUAGAUGCUCUCACUAAGCAAGGCUCUUUCUCGCUUCCUCCAUUACUGUCGCUCCUUGUUCAACAAGAGAGGCCUAAAUUGCCCUCGAUCAAUUCAUUGACACCUUCAACCCCUCGCUUCAUUCUCCCUCCAAGAUCAGUGUCUGAGACAGCAGUUUCAACAAGCGCUCCAACCUACCAGACUUACAGCAACACCAAAACACAACAGCCCUUCCUUACACCCUUGGAUACAAGUGCUGCAAACUCUACUCCAGUUAAUACUUCAGCUGCCAAUACUUCCGUGGAUUAUGAUGCAGACACAUCUAUGAACAGCAGCAUCAAUGAUUCUAUGGUCAAACCUGCUACUAAAAGGAAAGCAUCAUCAACCAUAUCUCCUACCAAAGAUUUCGCAUUCAUCAGCCAUUCUCCUGCUACAUAUCCUUCGCAGGAGCCAUCUAUAGACAAUGCCUCUUUGGCACGCCGUAAGAGGAGAAGAACAUCGCCCCACGAAUUGGCUAUUUUGAAUCUGGAGUUUGACUUAGGAUCCACCCCAAACAAAUCGAGACGCAUUGAUAUAUCGAAACGUGUUAACAUGACCGAAAAAGCCGUGAAGAUAUGGUUCCAAAACAAGAGACAGUCUCUUCGCCGUCUUAAGUGUGCUGACAGAGAGAUUACUGAAUUGCCACCAACACCUGACUCUUCUGUUCUUGCAUCUGCUCCUGUGACUGACCCUGCUCCUACACCGAUUGUAGAAAGCACACCUAUAAAGCCUGUCUUGACCAAGUCUCACUCGCAAGAGUUUGUUAACAGGGUAAUGGAUCAACUGUCACCAAUAAGGUCAUAUUCCACCCCAACAUUAGCACAGAAGGUACCAGGAAAAAAAGAGAAGGCUGCUAAAGCUCCAUUACUUUCAAGAAUGCUUGCUGCUGAAGACGAAAAACCUUCGAAAGAGAAUGGAAACUUGGUUUUGAAUUUGACGAACAAGAAGCAACCUGAAUUUGUUCGCUCUGCCCCUGCUGCUUCUAACCAGGUCAUGACAUUCAAGUUGGCUCCUUCUUCUGCUGGAAGCGCUAACACCCCUACAUUUUUGGCAGCUACGAAUGUCCCUACAGGCAAAUCGACCACUCGUAAACCUUUGGGUCAAGUGGAUACCAACAUCAUACUGGCCCCGUCAGCGAAGGCCGCCCAUGAGUCGCAAUGUGUGCACAAUUUACUUUCAUUGAAAAGUGGUAACUUUUAA